AUGAUUGAUACUGUCGUAUCGGCCGAAAUUCCAGAUCAAACCAUCGACCCAGGAUUAUUCGAAGUUGUCACGAAAAAUUUGAUUCACAGUCCCUGUGGUGAUAUUAAUCGAAAUUCACCCUGUAUGAUUGAUGGCAAAUGUUCGAAACGUUUUCCAAUACAAUUGAUUGCUGAAACAAUUACAGGAGAUGAUGGAUAUCCACAGUAUCGUCGACGAUCAACUGAAGACAACGGUAAAUCAACUGUAAUUAAACUUCAAAAUCAAGACGUUGAAAUCGAUAAUCGGUGGAUUGUUCCGUACUCACCGAUACUGUCAAAAAUGUUCAACGCUCAGAUAAAUGUAGAAUAUUGCAAUUCUGUAAAAUCAAUCAAAUAUAUUUGCAAGUAUGUGAAUAAGGGCAGCGAUAUGGCUGUUUUUGGAGUGGCUCCUGAAGAUAGUCAUGAUGAAAUUUUGCAGUAUCAAAUGGGGCGCUAUAUUAGUACGAAUGAAGCUGUAUGGCGCAUUUUCUCGUUUCCAAUUCUUGACAGACAUCCGGUUGUUGUAGAUUUGGCAGUUCAUCUUGAAAACGGCCAACGUGUUUACUUCACUGCUGCAAAUGCCGAACAAAGAGCAGUAGAGCCACGAGCAACUACACUGACAGCUUAUUUCCAGUUAUGUGAAACGGAUGAAUUUGCCAGGACUUUGCUAUAUUCGGAAGUGCCACACUAUUUCACAUGGAAUGCAUCAACAAAAAAAUUUCAACGUCGCAAACAAGGCACAUCUGUUGAUGGUUAUCCAGGUAUUUUUCGAACAGAUGCUUUGGGACGCAUUUAUACAGUUAGUCCAGCCAAUAUUGAAUGUUUUUACUUGCGACUUUUGUUGGUGAACGUACAUGGACCGCAAUCAUUCCAACAUUUACGAGCUAUCAAUGAUCAAAUGUGCGCCACAUACCGUGAAGCAUGUCAACAAUUGCAUUUGCUGGAAGAUGAUACGCAUUGGGAUGCUACGCUUCGUGAUGCAUCAAUUUCAUCUACACCAAAUCAAAUUCGUAUGUUAUUUGCGAUCAUAAUAUCAACAUGUUUUCCAUCAAAUCCACUGGAAUUGUGGAAUAAAUACAAAGAUUUCAUGGCGGAAGACAUUUUGAUUCGACUUCAACAUCGUUCCAAUGAUCCUGCAUUGCUGCUGACAUUGGAAAUGUAUAAUGAAGCCUUGAUAAUGAUCGAAGAUUUGUGCCAUACUAUUGCAAAUAAAGCAUUAGGGCAAUUAGGAUUGACUCAACCAAAUCGUCCAAUGCAUGAUUUAUUUGAACGAGAAUUGCAACGCGAACAGCAAUUCGAUCGUGAUGAAUUGCGUGCGUUCGUACAAACGUGUACUCCACAAUUAAAUGAUCAACAAAAAGAUGCAUAUGACAAAGUGAUGCAAGCUGUCAAUUCUACAUUACUUGAUGGCGGCCACACAGCACAUUCCGCCUUGAAAUUGCCAUUGAACAUGCAAGCAAUUGAAACACCAACAUGCAAUAUUUCAAGGAGUUCUGGAAUGGCUAAAGUUUUGCAACAAACAUCGAUUAUUUUAUGGGACGAAUGUCCAAUGGCCCAUAAAAAAUCUUUGGAAGCCUUAAGUCGAACAUUGCAAGAUUUGAGACAGAGUCAACAGCUGUUUGGCGGUGCAUUAAUAUUGUUAUCUGGUGAUUUUCGUCAAACGUUGCCUGCACACGUACAAAGGCUUUCGUUGACGACCAAUAUGCGUGUGCGUGUUCAAAAUGAUUCAUUAGCACGUGAGUUUUCAAAGCAAUUGCUGAAGAUUGGCGAUGGAAAAAUUGCAAGUGAUCAAAAUGGGUUUAUCAUGUUACCGAAUAAUUUUUGCAUUAUUGUAUCAUCAAAACAAGAACUCAUUGAUCGCGUUUUCCCAAAUAUUGUUCAAAAUUACAAUAACCAUGAUUGGUUACGAAAACGUGCAAUUUUAGCACCAAAAAAUAUUAAUGUCAAUGAAAUCAAUUUCCACAUACAGGAAAAAUUGCCAGGUGAUUCGGUAACGUAUAAAUCCAUUGAUACUGCUAUGAAUAAUGAAGACGCAGUCAAUUAUCCGGUCGAAUUUUUAAAUUCUUUGGAACCACCAGGCCAGCCACCGGAUAAUUUGAAUUUGAAAUGA